UCUAUUCAUAACAAUACAUUUUCCCCUUUGACACAUUGAUGGAUCAUAUCUAUUGUUAUGACCCUCUACCCCACCUUCAGGUUGGAAAAUCCUAGGAUGGACAGAGCACAGCCCAUCCUACUGGCCAGUUCAAAAUGUACAACACGCAUGCGUACCAGCAGGUGCAAAAGAUUCAACUAGUUUAAUAACUUUGAAUUUAUUACUAACAGUAAGUCUUAACAAUCAAUACGAGACCUUGCUAUUAGACUUUUCAACGUUCUUGCCAUGGCUGAAGACCUUAAUAAUCAGGAUGAUUAUUAUUGCUUAGACCUUCUAGACUGGUUUAUUGCUAGAUCUUCAUAUAAAUAUUUUACCGUUGACGAAAAACGCUUUCUUCUUUCAUAUAGAGAUAAAGCUAAUAACAUUAGAGAUACUACUUUUAAUGGCAUAUUGCAUCAUAUGUAUUUCAAUGUUGUAUAUAAUAAAGGGGAGACUAUUAACAUUGUCCUAAAAGUGAUUAAGGAACUUAAAUUGGAUCUCUGGACUAUGUUCGAGGAAAAAUUUCCAUCUGAGGAAAUCGACUUUUCUCAGGGUAGUCUCGAAAGAAAUUUCAUAGCAUUCAUCAGAAUAACAGAAGCAGGAGCCUCAAACAGAACAACAAUAAUAGAACCCCUGUUUCUUCGGUCCUACUUUGACGAGUUUUUUUAUGAUGAAGAAGGCUACGAUACGUGGGUGGAUAAUUGGGAUGAUAUGUCAAGAAAUCCUCUCAACUUCCGUGCAAUUCAGCUUCUGCAUCUUUCUGUGUGGUUCACUUAUCUCGAUGAAUCUGAAUUGACUGAAAUGGCCGUGAGAGUACUCUGGAGCUCUAUCCCAGAUGCCCUUCUGACCAAGGCCGAUAUUUUUAGACUUUUUAAGGGGAUCAAUCCUAGAUACUAUCAGAAGAUAAAUGACAUAUGGCAAUGGUACUGCAAUCUAAUAAAUUAUGAGGAAACUUCUGAUAAGCGUCCAAGAUCUCUGAAACACCUUUCAAGAUGCAUCAUCAGAAACAGAUUAAGAGACAACUUUAAGUUGCCCGAAGGAGUGGAAGAGCUGGAUGUUCCCAAACAAGUCCAGAAGUAUUUACUUCUAAAAGAUUUCUACAAGAUAUAUUGAAUACUUUAACUUGGAAUCAUUUAUUCAAAUUAUUUCAUGAAAGAUGUGAAGGACUAAUCUCGAAAGGAUUUGAAUGUUUUAAUUAUGAUUUUUCCAUGUGUUAUUUAUUCCUAUGAACACUCUUUGCGCUAUUAGUUUCACUGUUGUGCGAUUGGGUUUUGUGUGCGACUUUCAAAUAAAAAAAAAUUAUUGAUUGCUUCUUUUA